AAUAGCAAAGGGCAGCCUUUUAACAGUUUAUUUGGGUUAAACUCUAGAACACAAAAUAUUGUGAGGGACUUAUAACAUCUGAAUCUGAUCAAACAAAAGCAAUUACAGGAAGAACUAUUACUGAGCAAUGUACUUGCAAGCUUUUUGCAUUGUUUUGCUGAGCAUAAUCAUGGUAAAGACAACUGAUCCUGACCAGAGCAGAUGUGAAGAUAAAAUGAAUACUUGCAUUAUCCGUGAUGGAAUCCCUGGUGCCAAUGGAUUACCAGGCAGAGAUGGGUUCCCAGGGCCUAAAGGUGAAAAAGGAGAACAAGGAUUGCGAGGGAUUCAGGGUCCACCAGGGAAAGCUGGGCCUCCUGCACAGAAAGGAGAUCUUGGACCCAUAGGAGAAAAAGGAGAAAAAGGAUCAACUGGAAGUUGUGAUGAUUCAGAGCUGGAGCUGCUUAAAACACAGGUAAAAGAUUUACAAAUGGAAAUGAAGAUUCUGAAAGAAGAUAUCAAAAAAGAGAAAGUUCAGCAUGUUCCUAAUGGCAUAAUGGUUGGUGAGAAAACAUUUCGAGCUGAUGGUUCCAAGGGUACAUAUGAAAUUGCACAAUCCAAAUGUGCGCAGACUGGUGGUGUACUUGCUUCUCCAAGGAAUGCUGUUGAAAAUGGUGCUUUGCGGGAAAUAGUGAAUUCACAUAAUAUGAAUGCACUACUAGGAAUAAAUGAUAUUCAAACAGAGGGCACAUUUAAGUAUCCAGAUGGAGAAACAAUAGGUUUUGCAAAUUGGAAUACAAAUGAACCAAAUGAUGCCGGUGGGGAGGAUUGUGUAGAAAUUUUUGGAACUGGACAAUGGAAUGACAUCCCUUGUAGUCUUGAAAAACUAAUAAUUUGUGAAUAUUAAGUCAGAAGUCAUUCCAAGGAUCACAACAUUUAAUAUAUUUUAUUUACAACUUUCAACCAAUUGAACUAUACCAUUGAUCAACCAUCUGACUAAGAUUUAGGAACUAACUGAUCAAUUAAAUAGAUUUAUUUCUGAAUAAAAUCUAUAUGAUUUUGAGUGUGGAGUGCUGAAAAACUAAACUGACAACUUAUUCUUUAUGGGUGUAGAUGACAUAUUAAAUUCCAUAUUGCAGAAAUCCACUAGAAGCAGCAUUGUCUCAAAAUAGUUUUCUAUAUAACUUAAAUUUUGAGAAACACAUAUUUAGUAAUCAAGACAUUCCAUUCUAAUUCAGUACAGAUUGUCUGUUUAAUAAUCUGCUCUGGAAUCUUUCCCAGUACUGAUAACAGGCAGGUUGGGCACUAAUAUUUGAUCCACCUGGUAGGAUCCUCUCCCCACCUCACCCCCUUUUUUUAAAAAAAAAGUCAGGGACAACAUUCAGUCCAGUGUGCUGGGACUGUUCACCUAUUCUUCAGAAAUUUUCUCACUUGAACCUUUCCUACUCACUCCUAUGGCACACAGCAAAUAGGAAUUGAUCAGCAACUGAACAAGAGGUUUGGGAAGAAUUCACUAUGAUUUAGAGGAGUUGUAGUACAUACAGAGAGAACUGUGAACCCAAUCAACAAUAGAUCUGGACCACACUUGCCACAGAGGAUGGGAUUUGGGGGGGGGGGAAUGACCCACCCACAUGGGAUUGUAAUUCAUCUUGUAGCCAGAGAUAUUACCAAACUUCCCAAAACAAACAAUGCCUUUCUCAAGUAGCCAGGGCAUUGCUGGGUCUCCAAGCUAGUGUGUGUGUUUGUGUGUGUGUAACAGACAUGGACAAACCUUUUGACACAUUGUGUUUUAAAAUUUGACAGAUAGGCCAGGCCAGUGACAGAUACACAGUGUUCGUGUGAACUAACA